AUCCUUUCCACUCACCAACCCUAGCUAGUAGCAACAUGGGCAUCUUGAUCCACACAUGGGUGCUGGUUUGCAUGACCGCGGUGCUUAGUUUAUGGGGAGCGGUUAGGUCGGAGCCACAAGUCCCGUGUUACUUCAUUUUUGGCGACUCUUUAGUUGAUAAUGGAAACAACAACAACAUUGCUUCUCUAGCCAGAGCAAACUACUUGCCUUAUGGCAUUGACUUCGCACGCGGCCCAACCGGUCGGUUUUGCAACGGGAGGACAACUGUUGAUGUCAUAGCUGAGCUACUGGGGUUCGACGAUUACAUUCCUCCGUUUUCGAGUGCGAGUGGUCAAGACAUUCUUAGAGGAGUCAACUAUGCCUCGGCAGCUGCGGGCAUUAGAGAAGAGACUGGCCGCCAAUUGGGAGGUCGGAUACCAUUUAGCGGGCAAGUGAACAACUACAAGACUACUGUUUCCCAAGUUGUGAAUUUGUUAGGGGACGGGGAUUCAGCCGCUAGUUAUCUAAGCAAGUGCAUUUACUCGAUAGGGUUAGGCAGCAACGACUAUCUCAACAACUAUUUCAUGCCAGCAUACUACGACUCCGGCAGGCGGUACACCCCCGAUCAAUAUGCAGAUAUCCUUAUUCAACAAUACAGGCAACAACUCCAGGACUUGUACAAUUAUGGAGCAAGAAAAUUUGCACUGAUAGGAGUGGGCCAGAUUGGAUGCAGCCCAAAUGAGUUAGCCCAAAACAGCCCAGAUGGAACCACAUGUGUUGAAAGGAUUAAUUCUGCAAAUAGAAUAUUCAACAACAGGCUAAUUUCUCUUGUAGAUCAAUUCAAUAGCAAUACUCCAGAUGCAAAGUUUACAUAUAUCAACGGUUAUGGAAUCUUUCAAAGCGUGUUAACCAAUGCUGCAUCUUUUGGCAUUAGCGUGACAAACGCGGGUUGUUGUGGUGUGGGGAGGAACAAUGGUCAAAUUACGUGUCUACCAUUUCAGACACCGUGCCAGAACAGGGACAAUUAUCUCUUUUGGGACGCGUUUCAUCCUAGCGAGGCUGCAAAUAUUAUCAUUGGAAGGAGGUCUUACAGUGCCCAGUCUUCGACUGAUUCACACCCGAUGGAUAUUAGAACUCUAGCUCUAAGCUGAAGAUAGAGGACCGAUAAUGAAUAUUGUAUACUAUAUGUAGAGAUGUUUCAACUGUGGAAAUUUCAAUGUUAUGUGUGGGUACUUUUGUGUGCCAUGGUUAAAGACAUAAUUAAGUUGUUCCUUUUCAAUUUAAAGGAAAAGAUUAUUAUAAGUUUUCAUUUUGGUGAUUAAUAUUAAUUUGGUCUAAGUGACUAAUGAAUUGUAAGGUUGAAAUAUUGUUAUUUGUGA